AUGGGAGAUUUUCGUCAACCAAACACAGCGUAUCAUCUCGUAUUCGUCUUCUUCUUCACGCUCGCCGUCGCUGCACGAACCACCGGCUACGUCAACUGCCAAUUCGGUUCGCUUCGUUACCCGUUCGGUUUCUCCGACGAUUAUCCGAUCCGAUUCAACUGCUCGACAAAUGGCUCUGCGGAAAUCGGCGAUUUCGCUGUAGAGGAAGUGACGAACGCAAGCAUCUACGUGAAAAUCCCGCCGAUGUGCAAUCGCGAGUUUGUCAAAGUAGAACAGCUCUUCAGAGGUAACUUUGCUCCUUCGAAUGACGAGAACUUAAUUUUCGCCCUUGGAUGCAACAAAUCGUCGUCUACUUGUUCAAUUAACCCUAGAUUUCUCAGUACCGCUAUGUCUGCCAAUACUAGUUGUGAUUCUUUGGUGGGCUGUGUCGACGGAACGGCGACAAAAACAACAGCUGAUGUUAUGAGUAUGGGAGGCGUUGUUAACCGAACCGGAUGUAAAUAUUUGUUAUCUUCUGCUACGUAUGUGUUGGAGAAUAAUAACUCGGCAACUGCAUUGGCUUUCGGUCGACUUAGGCUCGACUGGUGGCUUAAGGAAGGUUGCAGUAACACGGCUUGCUCGGAAAACGCGAACUGUACGCAAAUCAAGCUCCAAGACGGCGGACUAGGUCAUCGGUGCACUUGUCUCGACGGAUUUCACGGCGAUGCCUUCACUGUGCACGGUGGUUGCCGAUCAGGCAAUUCCGUCGAUGAAGUCAUCUCUUUCAAAGUGAAAAUAGGAAUCGGGAUUGCUUCUAUAUUGUUUGGACUGGUGGUAGUGGUUGGAGUUUCGUUAUGUCUAAUUAGCCGACGAAGGAAGACAUUCAAUAAUGGAAGAAAACAGAAUCUAAAGGCCCUUGUUCAAUUGAAACACUAUAGCUACGCCGAAGUAAAGAAAAUUACUAAGUCAUUUGGCCAAGUUGUUGGGAAAGGCGGAUUUGGAACUGUGUACAGAGGAACCUUAAGUGAUGGUCGAAGUGUUGCGGUGAAGGUCUUGAAAGACUCAAAGAGUAAUGGUGAAGACUUCAUUAAUGAAGUUGCGAGCAUGAGUAAAACUUCUCAUGUCAACAUUGUUGACUUACUUGGAUUCUGCUCUGAAGGUUCCAAGAAAGCAAUUCUCUAUGAAUUUCUGGAAAAUGGCUCUCUUGAUAGAUUCAUCUCGAGAAGGACCUCGAUGAAUAUGGACUGGAAAACACUAUACAACAUUUCUCUUGGCAUUGCUCGAGGUUUAGAGUACUUGCAUCAUGACUGCAAAGCAAGGAUAGUACAUUUCGACAUAAAACCACAAAAUGUACUCUUAGAUGACAAUCUAUGCCCGAAAAUUUCAGACUUUGGACUCGCUAAGCUCUGCAAAAAGAAAGACAGCAUCUUGUCACUUCUAGACACAAGAGGAACAAUAGGGUACAUUGCACCCGAAGUUUUUUCAAGAAUGUACGGUAGAGUCUCCCACAAGUCAGAUGUGUAUAGCUACGGAAUGUUGGUCCUAGAAAUGGUUGGUGUAAGGAACAAAGAAAGAGCUGACCAAAACUCUUCAUCAAACGCAAGCUCAAUGUACUUCCCUGAAUGGAUAUAUAAGGAUCUUGAGAAUGGAGGCAGUGGAAGGCUUAUCGAGAACGGAAUCAGCAUGGAAGAAGACACGAUAGCAAAGAAGAUGACGCUGGUGGGUUUGUGGUGUAUUCAGUCUUCCCCAUCUGAUCGUCCACCAAUGAACAGAGUGGUAGAAAUGAUGGAAGGAAACCUGGAUGAUCUUCAAGUCCCUCCUAGGCCAGUUUUGCAAAUUCCCACAUUGCCUCUUCAAGAAUCUUCAAAUCUAUCAAUGGAUAUUUCGGUUUAA